UUUUGUUUUCCACAAACGUUAAUGUCAGAUUCUUCUCUCUCUUUUUUUAGUGCCAAGAAAACCCUCUUCUUCCCGCGGCCCCGGAGAUUCACUUCUCCUUUUCCUACAUUCUCUACUCUGACCCAGUCAAGUUCCAAUCUUUUUAGGUUUCAUAGAUCAAACCCCGAGAAAUCUCAUCUGGGUAUUCGUGAUUCUGCCUAAAGUGAUUGGGUUGUUGCUUUUAAUCAAAGGGCUUGUGACGAAUUGAUUGUUUUGAUGAAUUUCGAUCCAAGUUCUUAUUUUUGAUACUGGGUUUGUGUUUGAGUAUUGAUGGGAUUGGUGUAGGUCGUUAUUAUUAUUGGAGGGUUUUUUUAAAAGUUUGAUUGUGAUCUGCUUGGGAAACUUAAAGUGUAUCCUUGGAUGUAUCUUAUUAUCAUUGAAGAAGAAUCUUGGCUUGUGAACCUGCCCAAAUCGUUUCUGGGUGUUCUCAGGCCUCUUCAAUUGUCCUUUGAGCAAACGGCUUUCUCUUACUGUGUUAAGAGAGAUAGGUGGGAUAAAGAGUUCUUCUCUUUACAGGGUGGAUGAUCAAAACUUGUGUGAUCCACAAAGGUCUUAGUUAUACAAGAGAAUUGGUUUGGUUUGAGUUAUAGUAAUUGAAGAUGGGCUCUGCACAAAGGUCUACCCUGGGGUUGGUGGAUGGUUCAACCACACAUGAAAAGGCUUCCUACAUUGAUAAUUUUCCAGUUUAUGUUAAGGAGUUGAUUGCUGGAGGCGCUGCAGGGGCGUUUGCGAAGACGGCGGUUGCGCCAUUGGAGCGUAUCAAGAUACUGUUGCAGACGAGGACUAAUGGGUUCCAGUCUCUUGGGGUGCAUCAAUCUUUGAAAAAGUUAUUGAAGCAUGAAGGUGUUAAGGGAUUCUAUAAGGGAAAUGGUGCUAGUGUUAUUCGUAUAGUUCCUUAUGCAGCCUUACAUUACAUGACCUAUGAGCAGUAUAGGUCCUGGAUUCUGAAUCAUUAUCCUAUUUUAGGAUCAGGGACUCAUAUUGAUCUCUUAGCUGGCGCAGCAUCUGGUGGAACAGCUGUUUUGUGCACAUAUCCCUUGGACCUGGCUCGUACGAGACUUGCUUACCAGUUUGUGGAUAAAAGAGGAAGCUUUGAGUAUGGUAGAAAGGGUUUUCAAUCUCAGACUGCUUACAAAGGCAUAAAAGAUGUGCUUUUCAGUGUUUACAAGGAAGGGGGAACCCGUGGUCUGUACCGAGGUGUUGGCCCAACACUCAUUGGAAUCCUCCCUUAUGCCGGUUUGAAGUUUUACAUAUAUGAAGAACUUAAGAGGCAUGUUCCAGAAGAGUAUGAGAACUCCAUCACCAUGCGGCUUUCUUGUGGAGCGUUAGCUGGAUUAUUUGGACAGACUUUCACUUACCCUUUAGAUGUUGUUAGGAGGCAAAUGCAGGUUGGAAAUAGAUUGAGUACGGUUCAAGGUGGUGAAGCCGGAUUCAAGAACACAUUGGAAGGGCUUACCACUAUCGUUCGUAAGCAAGGGUGGAGGCAGUUGUUUGCAGGCCUAAGCAUCAACUAUAUCAAGAUUGUUCCGUCGGUGGCUAUUGGUUUCACUGCAUACGACACGAUGAAGUUUUGGCUGCGGGUUCCGCCUCGACAGAAGUCUCAACCAACAUCCUCUGCAUGAAGGCACUGUUGGAUCCAUUUUUAACAAAACUGCACCCUUGCACUUUGGAGGUCAUUUUCAGACAGUUCAACAACAUUGAGGAUUUGUCAGCUAUAUAUAUACAUAUAUAUAUUUUUUUUUUGUCAAAGAAAUGGUCAAUACUGAUUUAUGGAAAAUAAUUUUAGCUUUUUUUUACACUUUGGAAUUCUUUUUGCUGUAAAUUUUGUUGACUGGUGGAGGUUGCCCAAUUGGUCUAACCAAUCAUUUAGUUGAAGAGAGUUGAUAUUUUA